UAUGUCACUUCCACACUCUUGUCGAAUUCCUUAAUUAGAAGAUGAUCAAUAUUCAACAACUCUAACAUUAGCCGAAAGGAUUAAAAAAAGGUAUUUUCAACCUUUAAAGAAUGCUGUUGCUAAAAUCACUGAAAUUAGAUAAUAACAAUUAUCAAGAAGAAAAUCUACAUAUGGAUUAAUGUUUGGUCAAUUAACAUAAAAAGAAAUGCUUAAUCUUCCUACAAUAAUCGAAUAACAUAAAUAAGUAAAUAAAUAAGAACUGGCUUUGGCAAGUUUUGCAAUUAUGUUAGAAAGAAAAUAAAGGAGAAAAACAACUAGAAAAUUAUCUAAAAAGCUUUCCAAAUAAGAAUCUCUUGUUGGUAAUAAGUAAAACAUAUAAUUUACAAGAAUAUGAUAAUAUGGAAAGACCUCCUUCUUGUAUAACGCCUCCUAAAUUAAUCUUGAUGACAAAGCCAAAAACCAAAUCCAAGAUUUAAUUAGAGAAAGAACGUUAUUUCAAAGGAUUUGAUCUAAAAAUGUGUCACUUCUUAUCUAGUAAACUCUAUGGUUAGAAAAAAAAUAUAUUACCUUAAUAAAGUCAAAAAGUCAAAUAACAUUUAUAAACUCCAUCAUGUGCUUCAUUACAAAAUCUCUAAAUAUGUUCUUUUGCUUCAUCUCCUCGUUUAAAAGUCAUUGUAAAAUAAAGUACUGAAGUCAAUUUAGUUGUUUCAAAAUAAAAAAGUAAAUCCACUAGCAAAGUAGAAAGACCUUAUAUAAAAUAAAAUACUGAAUUGUUGAAAAAGAUAUAACAAACAUUUGAAACUAAAAACACUACUUGGUCAAAACAAAAUUCACUUGAAUAAAAAUAAUAAUACUGAAUAUUAACUAGAUUAUAU